GAUCAUCCUGAGAUCCUGAUUCUGCUCAGUUUUAUUCAAAAACAGAUAUCUGGAGACAGACAUGAGGUCGAUGAUGGCAUCUGCUGUAGAGGAGACAAGAGAUGACAUCAGUGCAGGGAAACAUGGCAAGCCAAUCACCACAGAGGAGAAUGUGGAACAGAGAGGUGCAGAUGAGGGAGAGGAGCAGAGAAGUCCAGAUGAUGAGGAGGAAGAGGUGGAACAGAAAGGUGCAGAUGAGGGAGAGGAGCAGAGAAGUCCAGAUGAUGAGGAGGAAGAGGUGGAACAGAAAGGUGCAGAUGAGGGAGAGGAGCAGAGAAGUCCAGAUGAUGAGGAGGAAGAGGUGGAACAGAAAGGUGCAGAUGAGGGAGAGAAGCAGAGAAGUCCAGAUGAUAAUGAGGAGGAGGUGGAACAGAGAGGUGCAGAUGAGGGAGAGAAGCAGAGAAGUCCAGAUGAUGAUGAUGAGGAGGAGGUGGAACAGAGAGGUGCAGAUGAGGGAGAGGAGCAGAGAGCUGCAGAGGAGAGGGCUGGGACAAGGCCUUACUCAGAAGAUCCAUCUGAAUGGCCUUCACCACAUGAAAUGAGCGACUCAUUUAGGCAGUACAUGGUUGAGAAUGGCCCACAGAAAUGUUCUGAUGGACCAUAUCCAAGAUCAGAUAAGAGUAAAAGGCGUUUUUCCAAAGCAUACUGUUUUCGUUUACUGUCUAAUGGAGAGAAAGUGGAACGGGAUUGGUUACUGUAUUCCAAAAGUACUAACAGAGUCUAUUGUUUUGCAUGUAAGCUUUUUGGUGAAGCUAAAGUUGCCCUGACUACCUGUGAUGUUUCAAGAGAUAUCAUUCAAGAAAUAUACCCAGCAAGCCGUCUACUGAAGGGUUACAAUGCUCUAGAGAAGUUAAAUUUCCUCAUAAAGGAGAAUCUUGAUUUGGUGUUUCCAAAUUUGACAGUAGCCCUUAGAGUAUUCCUGACCAUGCCUCUGACCGUUGCAUCUGCCGAGAGAUCAUUUAGCAAGCUGAAGCUCAUCAAAACAUACCUUCGUUCGAGUAUGAGCAAUGAUCGCUUGACCCAGUUAGCAGUGAUCUCAAUUGAAAACAAUGUGGCGCGGUCUAUUUCAUUUGAUAGUAUUCUUGACAAAUGGGCAAGUGCAAAAGCACGACAUAAGAUCACCUGCUGUAAUAUGUAA